AUGUCAUCUUCAGAUUCUGAUUCGGAACCUUUGAUUUCUAGACGUUCUAGUUCUCGGAAACGUCGGAAGGACAAGGCAGUUGCUGAGUCUUCUAGCAGCGAUGACGAUGUCCCAGUAAAAACGAAACUGGAGCGUUCGGACACUAAGAGAUCGUUUUCAGAUGCCGUGUCUGAUGACUCUGAUGUUCCUCUAAAACAAACAAAACGUAAUCGUCGGUCACAAUCGAAGGCUUUGGCUAUUAAGGACGAAAACAGCGAAGAGGAUGAAGCUGAUGGAGGUCAUUCGGGAACGUCUUCCCCAGCAUUUUCAGACAGUGGUAGCGAUUAUGAGGAUGAGCCGAUUAAACAGAGAGUUGCAAAGAAGGCCCGUACGCAAAAGACCGUGGCUAGUCGUGCAACGAAAAAGACAACAAAAUCCACAAAAUCCACAAAAUCGACUGCUAAAACGAAUGGAAAGUCUGCGACAAAAACUACGAGUCGAACUCGCUCUCGCCGCACGAAGAUGGACGAAGAGAUUGCUCGUUCCUCUGCGUCUACUCCAGUGAAGAUGGAGGUGGACGAAGAUAUGAAAGAUUCUGCACUCUCUUCAAAACACUCUAUUGCAAAAUCCGAAGUUGCAUCACCAAAAAUGUCUGGCUCGAUACGUUCUUCACCCAAAACUGAAGAGGAAAAUGGCGAUUUCAAAUGGUGGGAAACUGAUUUGCCUGACGGUAAAAAGUGGAAUACGCUGGAGCACAACGGUGUCAUGUUUCCACCCGAGUAUGAGCCUUUACCUUCUCAUGUGAAAAUGCUUUAUAAUGGAAAGCCCAUAGACUUGCCGCCAGCCGCGGAAGAGGUUGCUGGUUUCUUUGGAGCUCUGUUAGAGAGUGAUCACGCUCAAAACCCUACCUUCCAAAAGAACUUUUUCCGUGACUUUCAGGCUGUAUGCAAGGAAGCUGGUAUGAAGUCCGCUGAUAUUCCAAAAGAGUUCAACAGUUGUGAUUUCCGACCUAUGUUCGAGUACUUCGAAUCUCUGAAAGAGGCCAAGAAGAACAUGUCGAAAGAAGAAAAGAAGGAACUUAAAAAGAAAAAGGAGGAAGAAGAGGAAAAGUUUAAGUGGUGCCUUCUCGACGGUAGAAAAGAAAAGGUAGGCAAUUUCCGCAUUGAACCUCCUGGACUUUUCCGUGGCCGUGGUAGUCAUCCAAAGACCGGCACUCUGAAGCGUCGUGUUUAUCCAGAGCAAAUUACCAUUAACAUUGGUAAGGGCGCCAAAGUUCCUGAACCACUUCCUGGACAUAAAUGGGCAGAGGUUCGCCAUGACGAUCAAGUUACUUGGUUGGCGAUGUGGCAUGAAAACGUGAAUGGCAAUGUAAAAUAUGUCUUUUUGGCCGCCGGUAGUUCAUUGAAAGGCCAGAGUGACUUGAAAAAGUACGAAAAAAUCUCUGAAUUGAUGAUUGAGCGUCAGCGUGGUACGGCCAUGUACUUGAUUGACGUGUUCGCCCUUCGUGCCGGCAACGAAAAAGGUGAAGACGAAGCGGACACAGUCGGUUGUUGUUCCUUGCGUUACGAACAUGUCACUCUUAAGCCUCCGCGUACUGUUAUCUUUGACUUUUUGGGUAAGGAUUCUAUUCGCUAUUACAACGAAGUUGAAGUUGAUCCUCAAGUCUUUAAAAAUUUGAAGAUUUUUAAACGUGCACCAAAGAAGGAGGGUGACCUGCUAUUUGACAGGUUAACUACAGGCAUUUUAAACAAGUAUCUGAAUAGUUUAAUGGAGGGACUUUCAGCUAAGGUAUUCCGUACCUAUAAUGCUUCAUACACAAUGGCUCGUGAGCUUGAAAAAUUACCGCCGAACUUGUCGCUUGCCGACAAGAUCCUUUUCUACAACAGAGCGAAUCGGACAGUUGCCAUUCUGUGUAACCAUCAACGCUCCGUGACCAAAAAUCACGACAUUCAAAUGGGUCGCUUGGAAGAACGUUUGAGAGGUUUGAAGUAUCAACGUUUGCGACUCUGUCGUAUGCUGUUGAACAACGAUGAGACUUUAGCUAAGAAGCGUCCUGAACUGCUAAAAGUGGAUGAAGAGCUAACUCCGGAAUGGAUAAAAAAGCAUCAUGAAGACCUAUAUGAACUUGAAAAGGUAAAAAUCUCAAAGAAGUUUGCUCGAGAGAACGAGAAGCUGGUAUCUGAAGAUCCCUCGAGUGUUAUGCCUGAUUCGGAGCUUGAAGAACGCUUGAAAGCUGCUGAUGAACUGAAAGCCAAACUUGACGAAGAAUUGAGAACUGGCGCUGUGGAAGCCGGCCGUUCAUCAAACGAGCAACUCGAAAAGCGUCUUAUAAAAAUGGACGAGCGUAUUAAGGUAAUGAGUAACUCUAUCAUCGACAAGGACGAAAACAAAACAACGGCAUUGGGAACUAGUAAAAUCAAUUAUAUCGAUCCUCGUUUGACCUUUUCUCUAUGCAAGCGAGAGAACAUUCCCAUUGAGAAGUUGUUCAGUAAGACGAUUCGAGACAAGUUCAAUUGGGCGGCAGAUACACCUGCUGAUUGGAAUUGGUAG